AUGGUAGGACACCCCAACACAUCCAGGCACCCCACAGCCGGUCACCCCACCAUAGUAGGACAUCCCACUAUGGCCGAGCACCCCAAAAUCAGUUUCCCCACCACAGUAGGACAUCCCCCCAAGCCCAAGCACCCCACAACCAGUUUCCCUACCACAGUAGGACAUCCCACCAUGCUCAGGCACCCCACAACCAGUUCCCCACCACAGUGGGACAUCCCACCAUGACCAGACACCCCACAACUGGGCACCCCACCACAGCAGGACAUCCCACCAUGGCCGGGCACCCCCCAACCCCACCAUGGCAGGACAUCCCACCACAGCCACACAGCUGCUCACCCCAUCACAGCAGGACAUCCCACCGUGCCCCAAAAACUCCCCAGCCAGUCACCCCACCAUGCCAAGACACCCCACCAUGGCCAGACACCCCACAACUGGGCACCCCACCACACCAGGACAUCCUACCGUGCCCCAGAAUCUCUCCAGCCAGUCGUGUCACCGUGGCAGGACACCCCAACAUAUCCAGGCACCCCAUAGCCAGUCACCCCACCACAGCAGGACAUCCCACCACAGCCACACAGCCGCUCACCCCACCACAGUAGGACAUCCCAUCACGCCCCAAAAACUCCCCAGCCAGUCACCCCACCAUGGCAGGACAUCCCACCAUGUCCAGGCACCCCACAAACAGUCACCCCCCCAUAGUAAGACAACCCAAUACAUUCAGGCACCCCACAACUGGGCACCCUACCACAGGAGGACAUCCCACUAUGCUCAGGCACCCCACGACCAGUUUCCCCACCAGAGUAGGACAUCCCACCAUGGCCAGGCACCCCACAGACAGUCACCUCACCAGAGUAGGGCACCCCAACACGUCCAGGCACCCCACAACUGGGCACCCCAACCACAGCAGGACAUCCCACCAUGGCCGGGCACCCCCCAACCCCACCGUGGCAGGACAUCCCACCACAGCCACACAGCCGCUCACCCCGUCACAGCAGGACAUCCCACUGUGCCCCAAAAACUCCCCAGCCAGUCACCCCACCAUGGUAGGACACCCCAAUACAUCCAGGCACCCCACAAGCAGUCGCCCCACCAUGGUAAGACACCCCAAUACAUUCAGGCACCCCACAACUGGGCACCCUACCACAGCAGGACAUCCCACCACGUCCAGGCACCCCACAACUGGGCAACCCCACCACAGGAGGACAUCCCACCACAGCCACACAGUCGGUCACCCCACCACAGUAGGACAUCCCACCACAGCCAGGCACCCCAUAACCAGUUCCCCACCACAGUAGGACAUCCCCCCAAGCCCAAGUACCCCACAACCAGUUCCCCACCACAGUAGGACAUCCCACCAUGCUCAGGCACCCCACAACCAGUUCCCCACCACAGCAGGACAUCCCACCAUGACCAGACACCCCACAACUGGGCACCCCACCACGGUAGGACACCCCACAACAUCCAGGCACCCCACAACCAGUUUCCCCUUCAGCAUAGGACAUCCCAUCAUGGCCAGGCACCACACAGCCAGUCACCCCACCAGGGUAGGGCACCCCAACACAUCCAGGCACCCUACAACUGGGCACCCCACCACAGUAGGACAUCCCACCAUGCUCAGGCACCCCACAACCAGUUUCCCCACCACAGCAGGACAUCCCACCAUGACCAGACACCCCACAACUGGGCACCCCACCAUUGUAGGACACCCCAACACAUCCAGGCACCCCACAGCCAGUCACCCCACCAGGACAGGACACCCCACCAUGGCCAGGCACCCCAGAGGCAGUCACUCCACCGUGGUAGGACACCCCAACACAUCCAGGUACCCCACAGCCAGUCACCCCACCACAGUAGGACAUCCCACCAUGACCAGACACCCCACAACUGGGCACCCCACCAUUGUAGGACACCCCAAGACAUCCAGGCACCCCACAACCAGUUGCCCCACCCCAGUUUCUCACCCCCCCGGUCCCCCCCCGAGCCGAUACUCACUGUCCCCCUCCACCUUCUCGGGCGUGCGGCUCCAGAUGAUCUGCCGCGUCUCCAGCUUCACCUGGAAGGUCCUUCUCUCCGGCCUCUGGGACUUCUUCUGGUAGAACAAGGUGAGGACGGUGCCCAUCUCCAGGCAGCGCAGGAUCCUGCCCAUGUCUCCCGCCUCCAUCCUGCCGUCCUCCAGGAAUCCAUUGACGCUGCCGAGCCUGGCCAUGGACAUCUUCAGCGCUGGGCCAUCGCCGGGAACGCGGGUGGCUCAUGCAGGAGGGGACGGAUCCGAAGGGCCGAGACCUCCCCGGGGAUUUUGGGAUUUGCCCUGGGUUUUUCCUCUAAGGACGGCGGCCGGGAUUGGAGAUGGCCAGGAGGAGGAGGAGGAGGAGGAGGAGGAAAAGGCUGGGCUGGAGGCACCGUGACCUUCUCGCCAAGGCUGGCUCUGGAUCCGGUGUUGGCAUCCAGCGGUGGCGGCGGUGGGAAGAGAUGGGCAGCGCCGGGAUGGCCUCGCGCUGGAACGUCGGGAGCGUCGGGAGGGCGGAAAAGCAUCCGCUGGAUGGUGGUGGCGGUGGGAGAACCUCCGUGGGAAAACCCAGCCCCCCCAAAAAAACCCAACCCUCCCCCUCCCCAAAAAUAAACCCCUCAACCCUUAAAAAAAAAAAAACUCCCACCUCCAAAAAACCCCGAUCCCUAAAAAACCCCCAUCCCCCCCAAAAAAGCCAAAUCACCCCCCCAAAAAAAAGACAAAUCGCCCCCCCCCAAAAAAAAAAGCCGAAUCACCCCAAAAAGUGCGGGGCCGGGAAAAGGGGGUGGGAAAGGGGUUGUCGAGGGGAGGUGGGGCGGCUUUGGGAGCAGCGGGAUGGGCGCUUGGGAUGCGGGGUUGGGAAGGAGGUGCCGGGGGUGGUGGUGGUUGGGGGGGGGGGGGGGUUGUCCCACCGUCCUCCCGCCGCCGCCGCCCCCCUUUUUCCCUGGCGGCUCCCUAAUUUCGGGCGGAUGAAAUGGAGGCCCGGAGGAAACGGCAAUCACACAUGGCCGGAAAGAGCUCAGAAAGGAAUUUCGAAAAAAAAAAAAAAAAAAAAAAAGCAGGAUCUUGGAGAAAGGCAAACCCCGAGCGAGAGAGGAGAGGGAAAAAAAGGCGGCCGAGGGUGACAUCUAGAGGAAUUCCGCGUGGGAACAGGAUUUGGGGGGGAUCCAACACCCCCAUCCAACCCCCGGGAUGGGGCUGCCUGCGUGGAAAAGCGGUUGGGUUUGGGGUUUUUUUGGGGGAUUAAAGGGUUAAAGGAAAGCGGCUGGAAAGCGGGAUAACUCCUGGUUGUCCUCGCUGUGCCGCCGGUCUGGGAAUGAAGCGCCGGGAAGAAGCCGGAGCGGAGUCACCGCUGUCAUGAGUUUGUCCCGCCUCAGCUGGGGCGGGGUAGGGGGAGAAAAGGGUUGGGAAGCGCCGUGGGGAGAAAAAAACACUUGGAGAGAGAGAGA